UGUAAACAGACACACGUUGCCGUCGCGAACUGUUACGGACGACCGCCAUCGCGGGAGGAAGAAGCCACCCUGUGUUAUUGUUUACGAGCUGGUCGUGGUGCAUUCUACGUGAAGGAGCGUCGUGCGUCGUGACAGAGCAUGGAGAUGCCAAUGUGCAUCGUGGAGAACGAGACGGAGGGAUCUCGCGGUGACCGGAAAGAGGGGGGCAAAAGGGGACGCAAGCCUGGAAGGAAGGCGGCGGACAAGGCCGAUAUGAAAGCUAAGCUCGAACGAAGCCGGCAGAGUGCGAGGGAGUGCCGUGCUCGAAAGAAGCUGAGAUAUCAGUACCUGGAGGAGCUCGUAGCCGAUAGAGAGAAGGCGGUACUCGCUUUGCGGAAGGAGCUCGAAAUGUAUCGUCAGUGGGGACACGAAUUGGAUGCUGGACGAUUCCCCGAAGGACUGCAAGCGAUGUUGGAGGAACAGGGCGCGCUGAAGCGGGAGGAUUCCGGCAACUAAGCGGUGGGAAACGUGGAAUAAGGAAGUCACGCGGAUCACGCCGUUUCAUUUAUCUUGCUCCGCGAUCGAACCUCCUUCCCCCCUCUCCCUGCAGUCUCGUAGUCCGGCUUAUGUUCCAUCUUUUCUCGUCUUCUCUCUUUCCUUGUCACAUAGUGUUCUUUCAAAGACGAAUAUUCGACUGUCGAAUACUGAACUCGCCAUUUCCUUCACCUCACGUCACGCAAUCAGACUCGAUCUCUCUCGUAAAAACAGCAAAGAUAGGAUCGUCUACCAUUUUUUCGAGGAUAUUUCUCUAUUUGCAUAUACCAUUAGUAAUCGUUAUCUCAUACGUUAGAAUUUUUUUGUACGUGCGUUUUGUUAUCGCGAGUCGUUACGUUGAUCUAGAUUUUUUUAUAGUCGUUGGUUGAGAAGAACCACGGUGGGUUGGAGCAAUCGCAUCGGUUAAUUAACCGGUCAGUAGGUUAAUCUGAUAGCUGUCUCAUACGGCUCGAUACGUUGUACCUCCAUUGCACGAUUGUUACGGUGCAAGAAAGUAAGCUAUAUAUAUAUGUGUGUAUAUAUAUCACUGUUAUACACCUCGAAAGGAAGAGCGAUCGUUGUAUAUCAUAGAGUCUAUAUUCAGUAUUGUCUGUUCGAAAAGCGUCGUUGCGGGAGCUUCUCGUUGACCGUUUGCCGAUUCGUUUCAAAUUUACCGACACACGGUACUCUCCUAUAGAGUAGAGGAAUCAACGUUUUGUACGAAUUAUUAUCUCUGGGAUAGUUUAUUCGUACAUGUGUACAAAAUAGUCGAAUAUAAAACCGAUAUUUUUUGAUGAACAUUA